AUGUCAGACGAUGGUAAGCCAACAGUUGACACGACACCCAAGAGCAAUGACUUGGCGCAACAACAGCAGCAAACGAUCCUCCAACAGCAGCUUCAUCAGCAACAGCUGCAAUUGCUUCAACUUCAGCAACAGCAGCUACAAAGUUUGAGCCAAAAUAUGAGCCCUAGUGAACUUGCAGCUCUCCAACAACAGCAACUGGCGCUCUUUAUGAUGCCAAUGUUUCCUCUGAUGAUGCCAUUGCAGCAACAAACGAUGAUGACGUCAUCUAUACUACCAGAAAUGAACACUGAUACAUCUGUGACUGCUUCUGAGGAGACUCCAACGACAUCCGUCGAGGUUACAACAAAUUCGGACGAGACUGGCACGACGACGACGACGGUCGAGUCUGAACCGACGACGUCUUCAUUACCACAAGUUGGUGAAACGUCACCUACGUAUCAUCCAUCAACUGUCGAGUCAUUGGGACUUUCAUCGCCUUUUGGGGCCGCAGAUGGAUUUGGAAUGCUAACUGGGACGAACACUGUUCCACUAAAUAUGGACGAAGUACCCAAGCGUAAACGCGGUCGACCACCGAAAAAGGAUGUAGCUGCACGAGCCAAGGCAGAAGAAGAAAAGACAUUGAAACAGCAGUUUCCCAUGUGGGGAUAUGGACUACCGAUGCCGUUGCUGCCAGGUUUUCCCGGCAUGCUGCCUGGCAUGUCGAAUCCUGGUGCUGUUGUUAGGGACCAUGGUUCUUCUGAUGAUCGAUUAAUAAAGGAGGAAAAUGAAGAUUCUGAUCGUCCGGCCAAGAUGGCAAAGAAGAAACAGCGUGGAACAGGAAAACCGCGGGGUCGACCACGCACGCGUCCUCGCCCUGGUGAAGUUAUGCGCCGCGUAAAACCGCUUCCAAUUGCGCCUGCAAACUAUUCUGUCAUGUACAAUUAUUCUCUCUCCAAUAUGGCGCAGAAAAGUGCGGAGCUUAAUGCCGACGGCAUCGUAGCUAACACGGAAACUACGACGAUCUCUGACGGAACACAAGACGAGAAUCGACUGGGGCCGCUCAGCUCGUCAUUGCUAUCUGGAGAGCAUGAGGAAUGGUGA